AUGGCUGCUACAGGAAAAUCAACGAUUUCUCGAACAGUUGCCGAGUCCUUUGAUAAGGAACAGAAAUUAGGAGCCAGUUUUUUCUUUAAACGAGGAAAGGCUGAUCGGAGUAAUGUGGCUAUGUUAUUUACCACAAUUUGUGCCCAACUCUUGGGCAAGAAUCCGUCACUGAUCGCUCACGUCGAAAUGGUGAUUGAUGCUGAUCCCAAUAUAUCUGACAAAUCGAUGGGUGAGCAAUUUGAGAAGCUUAUCUGUCUACACCUGUCACAGCUUCGGCAUAACGUUUCCCAAGCCCAAAAACUCAUUAUCGUGGUUGAUGCGUUAGAUGAAUGUGCGGAGGAUGGAGACACCCUCCUUCGCCUUCUAUCGCAAACAAGGAAUAAAUGGUCGCCGAGCUUACAGAUACUUAUCACGAGCAGACCGGAGCAGCAAAUUCGACCUGGAUUUGCAGAUAUACCAGAAGAGGCUUCACCACUUUCCUCAAAUGCAGAUUUCCCUAAACCCAAGAGAAGGGCGAUGUCAGUGUUGGUUAAAAUGGCGGUUCCACUCUUCAUUUUUGUUGCUACCCUGUGCCAGUUUGUGGAAGAUCCAGCAUGGUCGGACCCGACAGGCCAGCUGAAAAAGGUUCUUGAACAUCGAAAAAUGAAUAGUGACUCUGAGAUUGACAAGUUGGACGCCACUUACUCUCCAAUUCUGAACCAGCUGAUCCAUGGACGUCCAGUGAAGGAACAGAAAUCACUGGUGGAUAAAUUCCGAUGCAUUGUAGGCACAAUUAUUGUCCUAGCUGGGCCUCUUUCACGGUCAUCCUUGGCAUCUUUGCUUAAUAUCGACAGCCAAGAGAUUGAGGGACAGCUCUCGUCUCUCCAUUCUGUCCAUAGUGUGCCAUCCUCCGCGGACUCUCCGAUAAGGAUGUUGCAUCUCUCGUUCCGUGAGUUCCUUAUCGGUCUUGACAAAUGCCACACAAAUCCAUUCUGGGUGGAAGAAACAGAAACUUUCAGGACGGUCAUGACUAAAUGCCUUGAACGAAUGUUUCAACCGGGGACUCUUCAAGAAAAUAUAUGCAAUCUGCAGGGUCACGGAACACUACGAGCUGAGAUCGAUGGCAGAAUCAUAACCUACUACUUACCACCAGAUAUACAGAGUCGCACAGCGGCUGAUUACAUGGACUUCCAACGCACCAUCCCUGGCACUGAUAUUGUAGUCUUUUCAGAUGGAUCUAGGCUAGUAAAUGGACAUGCUGGGGGUGGCUAUGUCACAUUUCAAGCAUACCACCAGUUCCUCCGCUCCUCGCUCUCAUACGGACAUGGGAAAGAAGUCUUUGAUGCAGAAGCAGAAGCAGCUCUAGAUGGUGCCCAAGCAGCAAUAGCAUACCCAACAGCUCGAUUUGCUACCAACCUAUGGAUCUGCCUUGACAACCUGGAAGUUGCUACACGCCUCCUAUCUCCCUCCACAGGAUCUUCCCAAGAAGUCUUUGAAUCCUUUCGCACUCUUGCAGCCGCCUGGCCACUCCGCGAAAGACUUCCACACACUAAAAGUGGUUCAAUCCAAAUCCGAUGGGCCCCUGGACACGCUAAAAACCCUGAGAAUGAGGCGGCUGAUCUUGCUGCCAAAGAGGGAGCUGCCUCUAUCCCUUCCUCUCUACACAAGUCCUCAUAUGCCUCGCUAAAGAGAUACGCCAAGACACAAUCCCAUUCCGCUGCUCAGAUACAGUGGCAGACUGUGGCUCCACAAACAUAUCAAGAUCUAGAAAUAACUACAUCUCCUAAGCGCCCUGCAGAGCUUCAACUCAACAGACUUGACCUAAGCCAUAUCAUCGCGGCCCGUACUGGUCGUGGUGUAACAAUCGUCACGUAG